GGCCCCGCGCAGACGUCCGUCGCUGAUUAUUAUAUUCUGUGCUGAUACUCGCAUACGAUGUGGCGACACUCUCCGGUCUUAUGAUAAGAGCACGUGAAAUCAAAUAAUAAUAAAUGCAGCUGCAGCUACCUAUCAAUAUUGACAAAUUAGUACUAUAUUGUCUAUAUUAUACUAUAUUAUAGCCGCUGCCUGCUGUAGUAAACUAGUAAACACGAUUCAAGAUAUAUAUCUUUAAUUCUGCUUAUAAGUUAUAAUUAGUUACUACUGUUUCUGGUAGUUACUUUACUAUCAAAGUCUUAAAGUAUCAAUAUCAAAUCAACCUCAUCCUGUGUAGAAUAAUUAAUAUUUGUUUGUAUUUAUUAUGCAACGAUCGUCAUUCACUUCGAAUUUAAAUCGAGCUCACUCAAAAGACGCUAAGUGAAUUACAAUAAUAAUAAUAAUUACCCUUAUUGUUAAUUAUUUGUUCUGGUUAUCGAUACGUUUUGCUCGUACUGUAAACUUCAUUGAAUCACUAUUGUUCGCACUAGUGUUAUUCAAUUACUCGUUAAAAUACUGGUGUGUUUCUCACCACUAUCGUUUAGAAGACUCACAAAAUUUGUUUUGAACACCAUAACCAGGUAACGAAAACAUAAACAUGAACAGAACUAGAAAUCAAGCUGAUCACGAACUGAAAGCCAGGGCCCGUAUAUAUGUGGCAAACAUACCUGCAGCGGGCAUGACUCGCAAGGAAGUUGUAUCCGUAUUUCACAAAUAUGGUGAAAUUGAUAAUGUUUCACUGCAGACUAGACAUGUUUUUGUACAGUUUGUAGAAGAGUCUUCUGCGCUCAAAGCCUUGGCUCAAAAUCCUCCAGAUUAUAUUAUGAGCAAGAAGCUUGAUGUGAAACCAGUAAGACCUUUCUUUUAUAGAAAUGGAGAAUUAGUAAAAAAUGAAAGAGCGGCAAAUUUUGAUGCUAAUGAAAAGAGGAAUGAAAACCGAAAUCAACCAAGAGAUUAUGAUGAUUUUAAACCAGUUAGACUCAAUCCUAAUGUGAUGAAUCCAAAUGCUCCUAAUGAUUGUGAAAUUGUUGUCACUAACAAUUCUUUAACAGAGUAUGCAGAAUUUUUAGAAGUGAACUUAAAAAAAAUGAACAUGAAAGUUGAUUUGUUGUUUCCUAAUCCUGAUAUACCAAUGAAUCGUGUUCUUGGAACAUUAGCACAAAGAGGGACAUUGUAUGUUUUAGUUGUACGUGAUGAAAAUAAAUUGUAUAGAAGCGUUACUGUUGAUAUACUUCAUGGUAUACCUGAAGAACACAGAAACAUGCCUUAUAAAGAUGCAUUGACAUUUAUUGUUCAUAGUUUUGAUGCAUACAUUAGAGGAGAUAAAAUGACUCCUAUACCUGGACUUACUGGCAUUCCUAUAUCUGAAUGUGGCUUGCCUUUAGGUGAUAAACAUCCUGAAGGAAUCAGCACAUUGUUGAAUUUAUUACAGGAUCGAAGAGACAUAACAGUACUACAGUAUGAUAUGAUACUACAAUAUUUAAAAGAGAAAAAAGAGAAACAUAUCAAAGAGGAAGUUGGAGUCUUGCCAACUUUUAAGCCAACUAUACCAGAUAUACCAAUUCUUCCAGCAGCAACUGCUAUUCAAAAUCCACAAGCUGCCCAGUUACAAAACCGUAUUUUGAACAUUUUGAAUACAUCCCUUUCUUCUGGUGCUCAAUCUCAACAAUCCGUUGAAUCUAAUCAAACUGAAAAAGAGCCAUCAAGUAUUCUUCAAGAACCUAAUGUACAAAAAGCGUUAGAAAGUUUAUUUCAGGGUGGUUCAUUACUUAGAAAAUAAAUACUAAUGUACAUGUAUUGUAAAAAUAGUCCUUGUAAAUAAAUUAUUUUGUUUU